GUUGAUGGGGAGGGGGGUGUUGGCAGGAAUGUUACAGACAUAAAGAUGGGGUAAUUCAAGUUCCGCUGGCUGUGGAUGGGUCGGCUCUCGAGGUCAUGCUGACUUACUCCAUCCUGAAUGCUUUGUAGGAGCUGGUGCACGGCUGAGAGCUCAUAGCCGUCAGCAGCAAAGCUCUGGUGUGUACAUCUGAUGACCGUACCUGCGAAGGUGGUCACAUCUGGCGACUUUGCUCUUUUGAUGGAACUAGGUUGAAUGUAACUGUGCUGAUUCACUCCUGGAUACCAAAGGCUGGAGGUUUUAUCUUUUCAUAGUGGAUGUAUAUAGCAAUUACCUCAACUCCAGCAGAAAUGAAUGCCAACAGCAUGCCUAAACAAGUGGAGGUGAGAAUGCACGAGAGUCACCUGGAGUCCAGCGAGACCAGGCCUCGGUCCAGAUGUGCAGCUCUCUGGGCCAAGAUGUGUAAAAACCUCCUGCUUACUCUGACCGUUCUGGGUGUGAUCCUGGGAGCUGUGGCAGGGAUGCUGCUUCGUGUUGCCUCCCCAAUACAUCCAGAUAUUGUUAUGGUGAUUGCAUUUCCUGGAGAUAUCCUAAUGAGGAUGCUGAAGAUGUUGAUCCUGCCACUCAUCAUCUCCAGUUUAAUCACAGGUCUGGCUGGUUUGGAUGCCAAAUCUAGUGGUCGGCUGGGCACCAGAGCAAUGGUCUAUUACAUGACCACCACUAUUAUUGCUGCUAUCCUGGGAGUCAUUCUGGUGUUAGUCAUCCACCCUGGUAAUCCUAAACUGAAGGAGAAUCUGGGCGAGGGUGAGAAAAACGACGAAGUGUCAAGCCUGGAUGCUGCCUUCGAUCUGAUUAGGAACUUAUUCCCAGAAAACCUGGUGCAGGCCUGUUUCCAACAGAUCCAGACGGUAACGAAGAAAGUGGAGGUGGUUGUCGAACAGGACAUCAAUGCUACAACCAUGGAAGGGCUUGUGGCAAACAUCACCAAGGAGCCGCAGUUCAUCAUCAAAAAGUCCCUGCAGUUUAAAAGUGGCAUGAAUGUCCUGGGUCUGAUUGGUUUCUUUAUUGCAUUUGGCAUCUGCAUGGGCAAGAUGGGAGAGAAGGCCAGACUCAUGAUUGAAUUCUUCAGCAUCCUCAAUGAGAUUGUGAUGAAACUUGUGAUCAUGAUCAUGUGGUACUCUCCCUUCGGUAUUGCCUGUCUGAUUUGUGGCAAGAUCAUUUCCAUCAAGGAUCUUGAAGUGGUCGGAAGGCAACUGGGCAUGUACAUGGUGACAGUGAUCAUUGGCCUCAUCAUUCACGGAGCGAUCUUCCUGCCCAGCAUCUACUUUGUUAUCGUCAGGAAAAACCCUUACACCUUCUUCCUCGGGAUCUUCCAGGCCUGGAUCACUGCCCUCGGUACAGCUUCCAGUGCUGGUACCCUGCCCGUCACCUUCCGUUGUCUGGAGGAAAACUUGGGUAUCGACAAAAGAGUCACACGUUUCGUACUCCCAGUGGGUGCCACCAUCAACAUGGACGGAACUGCUCUGUAUGAGGCUGUGGCUGCAAUUUUCAUUGCCCAAAUGAACGGUAUCCAUCUCGACAUGGGUCAGAUCGUCACUGUCAGCCUGACAGCCACAUUGGCCAGUGUUGGAGCAGCCAGUAUUCCCAGUGCUGGCCUUGUGACCAUGCUGCUGAUCCUGACUGCUGUAGGCCUUCCAACGCAAGACAUCAGCCUCCUUGUUGCUGUGGACUGGCUGCUGGAUCGAUUCAGGACCUCUGUGAAUGUGGUGGGCGACUCCUACGGCGCCGGCAUCGUGUUCCACAUGUCCAAGGCCGAGCUCGAAGAGCUGGACGCGCACGCGGCCAAAUCUGACGACAUCGAAAUGAUGACAAAGAACCAGUCCUACUACGACGACAUGAAGAACCACCACGAAAACAAUUCAAACCAGUAACCUUAGCCACUAACGGCUCUGCUGCGGAGUGCACGCUUGUUGAGGAGGAGCCAUGGAAACAUGAAUAAUGGCAGCACAGAGAUACCCUGCCCCUGGGAUCCACAAGCUUUCCUACCUGGUGAUAAAAAAAAAAAAAAGAGUGAAUGACGAACUGUUGCGUAAA